AUGGAAGUGGAUCACACCCGGAAAUAUUUUUUUGAGAGUGUGAGGAAUUAUUUCCGGGAGUAUUGCGAAUGUACGAGCAUCCACGGGUUUAAAUAUUUUGGCGAAAAGCGGACGAUAUUUGAAAGGAUUUGGUGGUUUGUCAUUUUCCUGAUGUGUCUCACCGCUUGCUCAAUCUCAAUCUACGCCGUUUACAAAAAAUGGGAUUUAAGUCCGGUGAUUGUGACUUUUGCCACGAGGGAAACCCCGAUUUACAGCAUCCCGUUUCCGGCAGUCACCGUGUGCCCGGAGUCGAAGUCCAUACAAAAUAUCUUUAAUUACACGAAAAUCCUCCAAAUGAAAGAAGACAAAAUUUCGCUAACUAAUCUCGAAAACAAGCAAUUCGAAUACUUGUCUCUCAUUUGUAAUUACCGUAAAUUAAAUUACACAAAUAAUUACACAUAUCCGGAAGAAUUUUUCAACGUUGUUGAUCAAGUCAAACCGGACUUUAAGAUACAGGAUUGCCACUACAUGGGGAAACCUCUGACCUGCAAAAAUAUUUUUACCCCGAUUAUCACGGACGAGGGGGUUUGCUACACCUUUAAUAUGCUCGAUAAGAGCGAGAUUUUCCGAAAAAACGUGGUCCAUUUUCGCGACUACCACCACGUGGGUCGCAGUUCGCAGGACUGGACCAUGGAAUAUGGGUACACGGAGGACGCCGGGAGGGACGCCUACCCCCGCCGGGCCCUUCUCUCCGGCGCUACCAAUGGUCUAGUGUUCAAUAUUUUGACUUCGAAGGCGGACCUCGACUAUGCUUGCAAAAACUCCCUUCAAGGAUAUCGCGUCCUUUUGCACACUCCUAUGCGAAUCCCGCGUCCCAGUCAGGACUACUUCCGGGUCCCCCUGGACCAAAGUGUCAUGGCGGCCAUCCAACCGGAAAUGAUCACCACGUCCGAAGCUGUCAAAAUAUACAGUCCGGAGCGACGCGAGUGUUAUUUUCCGGCGGAGAGAAAUUUAAAAUAUUUCCGGAUUUACACCUCUUUGAAUUGUCUAAUGGAGUGUUUGACGAAUUACACUCUCAGUGUCUGCGGUUGUGUCAAUUUUUUUAUGCCUAGGGAAAAUGGGACGAGAAUUUGCGGGGCUCGCAAAAUAAGUUGCAUGCGUUACGCUGAAUCUGCGCUACAGAUGAAACAUUUGAGUAAACUGCUCGACAAGCCCGAACACGUCCGAAAAAAAAUCGAGAAACAUAAAGUCGAUUGCAAUUGUUUGCCGAUCUGCGCUGACUUGACUUACGAGGUUGAGAUGUCGCAAACGAACUGGGAGUGGGUAAAACAGAAAACUGCAGAUAGACACAAACAUAAAAACUGUAGCGCUGAGAGCUCACAUAUGUCAUCGUUGACUGUUUUUUUCAAGUCGAAUAGCUUUCUGAGAUGUCAGAGGAACGAGUUGUACGGACCUACGGACUUUUUGGCCAAUUUUGGCGGGCUUUUAGGGCUUUUUAUGGGGUUUUCGAUCUUGUCGCUCAUGGAAGUCAUCUAUUUUUUGACGGUUAGGAUUAUAUGCAAUCAGCGGCUGUACGGCAAGUGGGCAGGGCCAGAAACUUGA